CUGAAGCUGUGCUCAGAUGGGCUGUGGCUCCGCAGCAUCUCUUCCUCCAGCCGGAAGGAGGUGUGGCUUCACUUCCGCUUGAGCUCGCGACACCGAAGUAGGUAGAGCCGAUCUCCUCCGCUUUGUUCUCUACACGGUUUGUGACUCGCUCUACUACAACGGCGGUCGAGGACAAAGGAAACGAAGACUAAGAUUUUGAAGCUUUAAAGUGUCUACAUGGCCGUCAGAAGAGGACACAUAAGAUAUUUAAAAGUUUGUGAGGUUCAGAACCAGGGUAAUGACAGAGACUCACACAAGGGUGCCAGCUCAGUAAAGGAAGAAUACGACAUGCCGAAUGGUUACGAGGACCACAUGGGCGAUGAGCCGAGUGAUGCGAAAACCAACCUGAUUAUCAACUACCUGCCCCAGAACAUGAGUCAGGAGGAGCUUCGGAGUCUCUUCAGCAGCAUUGGCGAGGUGGAGUCGGCCAAACUCAUAAGAGACAAGAUGGCAGGCCACAGUUUAGGGUACGGAUUUGUUAACUAUGUUAACCCUAAUGAUGCAGAAAGGGCAAUCAAUACACUCAAUGGCCUGAGACUACAGUCUAAAACUAUCAAGGUCUCAUAUGCCCGGCCAAGCUCUGACAGCAUCAAAGAUGCCAACCUGUACAUCAGCGGUUUACCCAAGACCAUGGCGCAGAAGGAUGUAGAGGACAUGUUUACCCAGUAUGGGCAUAUCAUAAACUCCCGCAUACUGGUCGAUCAGGCCUCUGGUCUGUCGCGUGGAGUUGCAUUCAUUCGUUUUGAUAAGAGGUCUGAAGCGGAAGAAGCCAUCAAGGAUCUUAAUGGGUCCAAACCAGCUGGUGCCUCUGAACCAAUCACAGUGAAGUUUGCUGCCAAUCCAAACCAGACCAAGAAUUCCCAGCUGCUCUCUCAGCUGUACCACACUCAAUCCCGUCGGUUCGGUGGACCUGUUCAUCACCAGGCACAGCGCUUCAGGUUUUCACCCAUGAGUGUUGACCACAUGAGCAGCGCCUCUGGUAUGAAUGUGUCAAGCAGCUCUUCCUCUGGAUGGUGUAUCUUCAUCUACAAUUUGGGUCAAGAUGUAGACGAAGGCAUCCUGUGGCAGAUGUUUGGUCCGUUCGGCGCUGUCACCAACGUCAAGGUCAUCCGUGACUUUAACACCAACAAAUGCAAAGGGUUCGGGUUUGUUUCCAUGACAAAUUACGAGGAGGCAGCAAUGGCCAUCGCCAGCCUGAACGGAUACCGCAUGGGAGACAGAGUCCUACAAGUGUCGUUCAAAACCAGCAAGUCUCACAAGUAAAGGGACUGGGGGUUUUUUUGUGUGUUGUAAGAGAACCUGAAAGAAGGCUUGUUCUAAAGAUUUCAGUUAUUGUUGACUGUCUACAUAAACAUACUCAUACAUUUGUGUUGGGGUGAAAUAAGUGCUAGUGUUUUACUCUGGGGGUUGAGAAAAAACCCUGGGCAAUUUAAAGUUUUUUUUUUUUUUGCUAAACUGUUAUGAUGCCUUAAAGAUAUCAUGGCAUUGUCGCUCUUUCCUUUUUAAUCCCUCUUCCCUUAAUCACACUGGACUUAUUGGUCCCGUUUUCUUCAUUAUAUUAUAUUUUGAAAGCUUUUAGCUUUAUUGUCAGUACAAACUACACAUCCCCACCUCUUCUAGACCUUUGUAAAUGGUGACUAGUCCCAUUCUUCAGUGCUCUUGCUCACCCAUCUGCAAGGUAAAAGACCGUUGGAAGGACCAAAGAACU